AUGGACCUCCUGUACGGCGACUACGAGUACACUUUCGAGGACCAUGACCGUACCAAGGGAAUGGAUUUCGUACAGAAGUAUUUGCGCAUGAAACACGUUAUUGUGUUCAAGAUGAGUCAUGACGUCCUUCAGUUCAACUUUUACGAUCACUCAAAAGUCAUCCUCUCAUCUCAUGGUUUACUGGUGACGCAUAUUGACAAGAACUACAAGAUUGCACGACUCACGCUCAGCGAAAUUAUGGCACUAUCUUGA